AUAUGGAGUGCCCCAUCAUUCCGAGUUCAGUGCUGGUCGAAUACGCGUCGUAUCUUGGAACACACAGUUGAAAUGGCGCAUUCAAUUGAUUUGUUUCGAAGUAUCGCCAUGCGUCCGGAGGCGACGAUUUCUGUGUUGAUUCUCCCACUCAUAUCUCUGGUCCCGGUGGCUUUCUCAUCUACCAGCUGUCUGAACCAUGAGAUUUGCAUUGGCGAGAGGCUGUGCAACCUCACGGAUGAUUCCGGCCUUGGAAAGCUCAUACCUCGGAUUCUGUACAAAAGCUGCGGCCAGGGCCUGGUCUGCUGCGAGAAAGUGCAGGUGGAGAGCUAUUAUGCCGAAGAAGCCGACAUUCAGUAUCGCAACCAGAAGAAGGGAAAUCCAUGGGUCACUUCGGAAAUCCCAGAUACAACUAUUCGAACAACUAAGCAAAACACUAAAGCUAAAACUGAGGAGCAGGGAUAUAAGAGCUGCGGCAUUCGGAAAGAAUGUGUGCCCCGGCACUUGUGCCUCACCGGAACGGUCAACGAAGACGGAAGGUAUAUCGUGAAGCCUCGAAUUGGAGAUAACAAGAUUGGUUGCCUAUCAGUGGAGGAGUGCUGUGCUUUGGAUGACCAGAUUGAUGAAGAUGAAAGUCCCACAAAACGAAACCUCAAGGACUUUAGGUAUAGGAGCUGUGGCUACAGCAAUCCCAAGGGUCUCUACUACAAACUGGACGGCUACAACGACAACGAGUCAACGUUUGCAGAAUUCCCCUGGAUGGUGGCACUGAUGGACAUGGAGGCGAACUAUAUCUGCGGUGGAACCUUGAUACACCCCCAACUGGUGCUGACCAGUGCCCAUAAUGUGGCCAACUACAGUGAAGACUCGCUGUUGGCGAGAGCCGGAGACUGGGACCUCAACAGCCAGACAGAGCCGCAUCCCUACCAGAUGCGAGGCAUUAGCCACGUGAUGCGGCACGAGGGUUUCAACAACCUGACCUUUUACAAUGACAUUGCCCUGCUAAUGUUGGAACGACCCUUCCAGUUGGCCCCCCACAUCCAGCCCAUCUGCCUGCCACCGCCGGAAAGCCCGCAACUGAUGUUGGAUCUGGAGCGCGCCAAGUGCCUGGCCACGGGUUGGGGGCACACCAAUUAUUCUUCCAAUGUUUUGGAGCACCUGCUAAAGCGGAUAGAGCUGCCGGUGGUGGAUCACGAGUCCUGCCAGAAGCUAUUGAGGAGAUCUGUUCUCGGGCGGCGCUACAGGCUCCAUUCGAGUUUCCUCUGCGCCGGUGGCGAGGAGGGCAAAGACACCUGUUAUGGUGACGGCGGUUCACCCUUGUUCUGCACAAUGCCAGGCCUAACAGAUCGGUUCUACCUGGCGGGGAUUGUGUCCUGGGGCAUAGAGUGCGCCGUAAAGGAUGUGCCGGCUGCUUAUGCAAACGUUGCCUACCUGAGGAACUGGAUAGAUGAAAAAAUCGCGGAAAGUGGCAUCGUCCUCCAAUGAAAUGUUUUAAAAUUUUCUUAAUUAUAGACUAAAAGUUCGUUCGUUUUUUAUCACAUUUGAUUCAUUUCCAAAGACUAAAAUAAACUUCAGAGAGACAAGUUUCCCACA